AUGGCGCUUGACGAGCGGCGGAAAAGCUCCGAGGAGAUCAGGCUGGUCGAAGAGACGGGCGACAGCUUGGCGGCUGCCAAGGACCUCGACUCAGAGUGCUCGCCAGGGGACGGGGAGGACGACAGGGAACGCUUUGUUGAGAGAGACGGCCUCUCGUGGCUCGGCGUGGCCAGAGUUGUCGUAUCUGUUGCGGUAUAUCUAUCCGUCGGUCCGGCGCUCAUUCUGGUCAAUCGCCACCUGCUGAAAGUCGUCGGCUUCGAUUUCCCGAUGAUGCUCAGCGGGCUCGGGCUGGUGGGGGCCUCGCUCACUGCCGUGAUCCUGGUCAAUGUGCUCCGGGUCGUCGAGCCAUCCCACCGAAGUAUGCUCACACCCCGCUUCGUCGCGACCAACCUACUCCCAAUCGGGGCUGCGAUGGCGGCGACCUUGGCGGCGGGGAACGCGGUCUACUUGUACCUCCCGGUGGGCUUCAUCCAAAUGCUCAAAUCGUUCACGCCGACCGUCACCCUGGCGAUGCUCUGCUUACUCCGCAUCGAAUUUCCGUCCCCGCUCGUCUCGAUGACGGUGCUGGGUAUGUGCGGGGGAACCGCGGCGGCCUCCUAUGGCGCGCCCGCCUUUGAUUUGACAGGGCUCUGCAUCAUGCUCUCCGCCGAGGCGUCCGAGGCGUUGCGCCUCGUGCUGACGCAGAAGCUCCUUCAGAACCACAGCUUUGGGGUGGUCGAGGGUCAGUACUACAUGGCACCCAUCAGUGGGGUGUGGCUCUUCGCCUCUGCCGCAGUUUUCGAGCUCCCGCGUGCACUAUCCACCAACGCACUGGCGAUGCCACUCGCCAACCCAUGGCCUUUCCUACUCUCAAUGGCGCUUGGUGCUGGAGUAAACUACUGCGCUGCAGCGGUCAUCAAGCUGACCAACUCAGUCACGCUCAAGGUGCUCUCGACGGCGCGCAAUGCGUCGCUCGUUCUCGUCUCUGCCGCUGCCCUCAACGAGGAGGUGAGCCGGAUAGAGCUCCUUGGCUACUCGAUCACGCUGAUAAGUUUUGGCAUGUACCAGUAUUUUCGUGCGAGGGGCGCCUGA